AUGGGUCUAUUGAAGCAGUGGCACAGUACAGCUCUGUACGUGGUCGAAGAGAUCAAAAGCAUCGAGACGCGUUCACCAGAUCCUACAACACCAACAGCCAUGUCAAGCAAGUCUACAACCUUCCGACCGCACUACAUCAAAGCCAAACGCGGAUUCAGCACAGUCUUCCUCGAUGUCCAAACACUCAAGGGUAAAUCCAUCACCGUCAGUGAUAUCAAGCGCUCCCUCCUCGCUGUCCUCCAAGUCACAAACAACGCUCCUGCUGUCCAAUCAGAUCCUCUGCUAGCAGAGCAGUCAUGGGAGACGUUGAUACCAGAUGACUUGGAAAUCGCAGAAAUCGUCAAUGCUGAAGAGGAAGAGGCAAAGGCAUUUGAAUUUGCUGCACUCCAAGAGAAUGAGGCAGCAGGGGCGUUUCUAGUAGUUGCUUGGCGACUCAAGUCGGAGAAAAACUUUGCUGUUGAGAGGUACCCUGAGAAUGAACAGGAAGAGUAG